CUUCGAGAUUUUCUAUUUCUACGUAGUUUAUUUUUUCCAUUUUAUAUUGAUACUGUGAGACACAGAUAACAAUUUAAAGAAAAACAAAAAAUAUACAAUAGAAGUAUAGAUUUUGGAUAUUCAAAAUAUUAUUUGAACCAAUUAAUUGUAUAAAACUAAACAAACUCACGUGUUCAUCGAUAAAUUUGUUUAUUUUUAUGUUGUGAAAGUACUUUCAUCAACAUGGUACGAAAACUUAAAUUUCAUGAACAGAAGUUGCUUAAAAAAGUAGAUUUUAUUUCAUGGAAAGUUGACAAUAAUUUAAAUGAAGUUAAGGUUAUGAAAAAAUACUUUAUACAGAAACGCGAGGAUUACACAAAAUACAACAAAUUAUCAAGGGAUAUAAGAGAACUAGCAAAUAAGAUAAAAGAUUUAGAUGCUAAUACAGAAUUCAGAACAGAAUCAAGUGCCCAACUGUUAGAGAAGCUAUACCAGAUGGGAAUUAUACCUACACGAUGGGAUCUAGCCCUUGCCAGCACAGUGUCAGCAAGUGCCUUUUGUAGAAGACGACUACCAGUUGUUAUGGUUAGAAAUAAAAUGUCAGAGUCCAUAAAAGAAGCUACAAAGUUUAUAGAACAAGGACAUGUGAGAGUUGGUCCAGAAGUUGUUAAAGAUCCAGCAUUUUUAGUCACAAGGUCUUUAGAAGAUUUUGUUACAUGGGUAGAUGGUUCGGCCAUCAGGAAACAUGUGCUAGAAUACAAUGAAAUGAGAGACGACUUUGAAAUGCUAUAAGAUUUAAGAAUUGAGUUCGUAAAUAAUAAAUACUUUGAAACAUAAAA